GUUUAAUUCAUUUUUACAUUUAAAUUAAUAGUUUUCCAAAAGACGAGGUGUUAUGUGAAAAAUGGGUAACAGCAUUACAAAAAGACUACAAAUUUGAGGUAAAGAAAAGUCAUCGCAUAUGUAGUAAACAUUUUGAUGAACAAGAUUUUAUUAAAAGUACAUUUGGCAAUCUUAUGCUAAAACCAGGAUCUAUUCCAAAAAUAUUUGUUAGUGCUCAACGUUCAUUAUUUAAAGAGAAUGUUCCAAAUACUUUACUAUACAAAACAGACGAAAACAAUUUUGUGAUUGAGCUGCAAAAAGUAUUAGAUGAUCUUCUAAAUGAUGAAGAUACAGCAGAUUUUGGAAAGUGCUUUAAGAGCACAUAUUCACACAGAGCAGAAAAGUGGGCCUAUUUCAAUAGAAAACAUGUUGGUAUUAAUACUAACAUGUACUUUGAAGCACUUCAUAAAUCUAUAAAAUAUUGUUAUUUAGAAGGCAAAAACUGCAAACGUUUAGAUUUAUCGAUUAAUGCCCUAAUGUCAUUAGCAAGAGAUAAAAGUUUUAAAAGAAUCAUUAAAAUUUCAAAACAAAAAAUGUCUCACAAACUGACGCAAAUUAUUGCAGCUCACAAUAAAAGUACAAAAAUUACACCAGACAUGGUUGUUGAAGUGAAUGGUAAUUGGUUGGUUAAUUCCGAGACAGAUAUACAUACUCAAUAUAGAGUCAAAAAAACAACAAUAUCAUGUGAGUGUCUAUUACGGUGUAAUAUCUGUAAAAUAUGUGUACACACUUAUAAAUGUACUUGCAUAAAUAAUGUUAUUUAUUUUAACAUUUGUAAACAUAUACAUGCAUGUGCUAAACGACAGACUGUAACAGAUUCAGAAACAGUACAAAAUGAAAACCAGUCUUUGCCAUUACCAUGUGAUAUAGCUGUCGAUAAUGGAUUUUUACAAAAACAAAAAAAAUUGAAGCAAAAUGAAAAUAUAAUGAAAAACAAUGAAGAAAUUAAAAACAAAUUAGAAAUGAUACUUGGUAUGCAUAGUCGAGCAAAUAUGAAUGAAGAAGAUCAAAUGUAUAUAAUUAAACAGUGCGAUAACAUGUUGACAAUGUUAGGAAAAAAAAUAGAUUUUAAGAAAACAUCAAACUUAGAAUUGACAAGAAAAAGAAAAAUUGAACCACAAGCAAGAUUUAUUUCAAAAAAAAAAGUACCAAAUCAACAUCUAUCAACUCUAUCAUCAAUUGAAGGUACACAAAUUAGAGAGUCGUUGAAAAAUUCCACUAAAUUUUUAACUAUAAGUACUACACCAGCAUUCGAUCAUUCUUAUUUGUAAAUAAUAUUUAAUUAUUUAAUUAUGAUUUAUUUUUUUUUUGACAUAUAUAUGAGGACUUACAACAUGACAAUAUUAAAUUUACAAUUUUUAAAACGUAAAACUUAUUGGAAAUUAUAAUUAUUAUAACUGUAG